GCCUCGGCCAGUCAACCGGAGCCUCACACUAGCCUCACACUUCGCCACGCUCCACCGCGCUUGGUCAUGACGUCAGAGAUCUCCAUGGCUCCGAGCCUGAUGAGCUUCGAUUAACUGUCUCCGAAAAUAAAGUAAAACGGACACACCGCCAGUGAGACAACUGAGAAAAUCGCGCCCGCUUCCAAAUGAUUGUGUAUAUGACGCUCCCAACAAAGCGGCGCAUUGUUCCCGUCUGCUUCAGGCCAGGGUUUGUCAGGAUGAGGGGCGGGAGCUCCAGCAGGGCAAAGAGCACAGCACCCCCCCCCCCCCCCCCCAGCUGUUCACUGAGGCGUGUGGACUGACCACGGAGAGGCAUGGAGGUGCCCAAGAAGCUGUUGAACUCGGUGGAGAGGUGUGUAGAUGAGGCCUUGGAGGGCAUUGUCAGCAGCAACGGGGGGCUGGUGCUCCUGAAGGGUCACAGGGUUGUGCUCCGCUCUGACCUGCAGCACCUGAAGGGAAAAGUGGCCCUGCUAUCAGGGGGAGGUUCUGGACAUGAACCCGCACAUGCAGGCUAUGUUGGCAGAGGGAUGUUAUCAGGAGCUGUAGCGGGUGCAGUGUUUGCCUCCCCCCCUCCUGGAAGUAUUCUGGCAGCCAUCAUGACCCUUUGGCAAAGUGGUUCUUCAGGUGUUCUCCUGCUGGUUAAGAACUACACAGGAGACCGUCUGAACUUUGGUUUAGCUGCUGAACAGGCACGCACACAAGGAGUCUCUGUGGACAUGGUGAUUGUGGCAGAUGACUGUGCCUUCACCCAGCCUAGUAAAGCAGGCAGGAGAGGACUGUGUGGGACCGUGUUCAUUCAUAAGCUGGCUGGAGCACUGGCCGAAGAAGGAUGUCCAUUAGAUGGGAUUGUUGCCCAGUUGACAAAGGCAACUAAGAGCAUUGGCACUCUGGGUGUCAGUCUGUCACCAUGCAGCGUACCAGGAUGUCAACCCUCCUUUCAACUUCCACCUGGAGAUAUGGAGCUAGGACUGGGAAUUCAUGGAGAGCCAGGCAUUAAAAGGUCCAAGAUGGCCCCUGCUGAUGAGGUUGUGAAAACAAUGAUUGAUCACAUAACUGACCCCUCCAGUCAAUCACAUUUGUCACUGAAAUCAGGAGACAGAGUGGUUCUCUGCGUGAAUAAUCUUGGUGCUCUGUCCUGUUUGGAAAUGGCCAUCGUCACCAGAGCUGCCAUUAACUAUUUGGCGAGUCGUGGAGUCCAGGUUUCCAGGGUGAUGUCGGGCUCUUUCAUGACGUCACUGGAGAUGGCAGGUGUAUCUCUGACUCUGAUGAGAGUAGAUGAGGAGAUACUUCGACUGUUUGAUGCUAAAACCACAGCCCCAGCCUGGCCCAACCUCUGCAGUGAGAGUGUGAGUGGGAGGAAACUGUAUGUUGAACCCGCAGAGAGACCAGCAGCCUCUGAGAUAAAGCCUGACCAAGGUCCUUUCACUUUGGCCAUGCGUGCAGUUUUGGAGUCUGUGUGUAAAACCCUCCUGCAGCGGCAAGAGGAGCUCAAUGCCUUGGAUCGUGCAGCUGGUGAUGGAGAUUGUGGGAGCACACAUGUACUUGCUGCAAACGCCAUUCAGAAGUGGAUGCAGACUAGCACCAUCCCAGGAAACCCUUGCCUUCUGCUGACAGCUCUUGCUAGAUUGGUGGAGGAAAAAAUGGGUGGCUCUUCAGGAGCGCUGUAUAGUCUGUUCCUGACAGCGGCUGGUCCCAAGCUGAGAGAAGGUUGUGAUGGAGCAGACUGGGCCAAAGCAAUGCAUGCUGGGACAGAAGCCAUGAAAAGGUAUGGAGGUGCAGCACCUGGGGACAGGACUAUGCUGGAUGCCCUGUGCCCUGCUGUGGAAGAAUUGAUGAAGUUAUCCACAGCUCCUCCAGGUGGCCAUAUGGCAGUUCUGCAGGCAGCAGUGGAGAAAGCAGAAGUGGGUGCAGAGUCCACUCGUGACCUUGCAGCCAAAGCAGGCCGGGCUAGCUACGUUGCAUCUGAACAUCUGACCCAGCCUGACCCUGGGGCGGUCGCUGUAGCUGCCAUUUUCAGAGCAGUGUUUGAGGCUCUGGGAGGGAAAUGAUCUACGCUGGUAUAAUGCCAUGAUUUACAGAUCAGAACUAAUUUAACUGAGUGUUAAAAUCAGCUAUUAUACAUUUACAUAUGAACAGUAUUGAUAAAUCAACUGAUAUCAUAUGUAUUUACUUAAAUGGUGAACACAAUUCCUAUGCUGUCAUGGUGUGUAAUGGCAGAUGAUAAGAGUUUAUAAAAGGGGAUAUCCAUUUUUUAAAAAUUACUGCAUAUUUCGAUCAUCAAGAAGUGUAGAGAAACUUGCCAGCUCUGAUGUCUUUACAGUGGUGGUGAUAGGAACCAGCGGUUAUGAUCUGUAUCCAAAAUGACAGAUGAUCUUAUACAUGUCUUCAGAUUUUUAAUUACGGGCGGCACGGUGGCGUGGAUGGAUGGAUGGAUGGAUGGAUGGAUGGAUGGAUGGAUGAUUUAAUUACACUCAGUGGCGCAACCGUCUUAAGCUUUGGCCAUAUCUUCAGGAGAUCACGAGUUUGAUCCCUGGUGAUGCUACAGCUAUCUGUAGCCGGGAGUCCAACCCCUUCUCCCCCCUUCUCCCCCCAACACUCAACGUGAUGCUAGUCAACGCAGGCGUUAGCUGACGUAACAGAUCUGGCGGUUGGCGCUUUCCUCUGAGCGUAUUCAGCUGUCCCGUGACGACGUGUGACCGGCAGUUCGAAAAAGAAGCAGUGGUUGGUUUCACAGGUCUUGGAGGAAGCCUGUGCUAGCCUUCACCCUCCUAGCACUGGUAGUAUCAUGUGAUUGGGGGAGUCCUAACUAACGGGGUGGAUUUGGAGAUGACUAAAUUGGGGAGAAA